AAUAAAUAUAACCCCUUACAAUAUUUUGAGAAGAUGAACACAAACUGUGGAAGAUCAAAUAGGAAUCAUUGGAGUUUAAAGAAAAUGAGGAGUGUCAGCCAAGCUUAUUUCAAGAAAGAAGAUUCACCAAAUAAAUCUAAAGAACUUAGAUCUUUUAAGAUGCCAUCAUUAAGAACUGCUCGCAAGGAAAGAUCCAAGCCCAGAAUUGAGGUUAGGAAAACUAUAUCAGUGACAGCAAGGAUGAACACACUUUCAAGAAAGGCAAGCAAGGAACCAUCUACAAUAAUGGUUUAUUUUCCGAAAAUUUCAGAUAAAGUGAAAGACAAGGCGUCUGAAUUUAGGAUUGCCAAAGCUAGUAUUAAAAGGAUAAAAUAAUCAUCGGAAAAAGAGGAAGUUAGCAUUGUCAUCCACCAAGUGAAAGCCAUUGAAGAUCGAAAAAUCGGAAGUCAAAGUACCUCAAGAACGAAAAGUGCUAUAUCGGUCAAUGCAUUGGAUCAAGAAAAAGGAGUUUCUUGUUGAAAUCUCAUCGGCUGAUGCCUUUAUCUACAUCCUUUGCUUCAGAGUGAAAGGGAAGAAGAAGGUUCAUGUUAUAAAGCUGCAUGAAAAGCAAUACCUUAAACUAUUUCAUGAAGUCAGGAGCUUCCCUAAGUUAUUGAAAAGACUUGAUUAUAAGCACAAAAAGGUUGUAUUAAAAGAUGAAAAUUAUACAGUCCCCCUUUUCAGACAGAAACCAAAGACAAAUAACAAUGACAUGAAAUUUCUAAUGGAUGAAGAAACAGAUGAGGAUGAUAUCUAUAGCUAAUGUUUAGACCAAUAAAAAAAUUUGAG